UGUUCGUGUGAGCAAAAUCCAUUUAGUUUAGAAACUUUCACAAGGAACUUCAUGGGUUUACACAUCGAAUCUCCGGACCGAAUAACACAAGAAGAAGAAGCUAAUAUUGGAGUUGAGAAUCAACCAAGAGCAACAACUUCAAUAGCUCUUGAUCGGUCACAAAAUCUUAAGACAAGAAACUGGUGGAUUUGUAUCUUUGUCUGCUCUGGUUUGGUCGUAACAGGACGUGUUUUAUCAACACUUCUUCUAAACUUCUAUUUCAUCCAAACAGGAAGAGAUACUUGUGACGAUCCAAAACAAUUUAAAGGCACAUGGCUUCAAUCAUUUGUCCAAAACGCUGCGUUUCCAUCUAUAGCCUUCAUUUUCCUCUUAUGGCGUUCUUCAUUCUCCACUCAUAGAGAAACUCAAUCUUCGUCUUCUUUUUUUGGCAAACUCUUUAUUCUUUACCUCUCUCUCGGUUUCCUCUCUGCGGCUUAUAGCCAACUCUAUGCAAUUGGGAGAACUCAUUGUGUGUUCUUCUUUUGGAUCUUCACAACACAACUGAUCUUCACUUCCAUCUUUACAGCAAUUAUCAACAAACACAAAUUCAACCGUUGGAUCAUAUUAUCCAUCGUCCUUUCUGGAGUUGCCACGGGCAUUACAUCUUCGGAUGACGCCUAUUAUCCCUGCGAAAGUGAAGGCUGGAAAAUGAGCUACGGUGCUUGGUGUGCCUUCUUUGGCACGGUAGCCUUCUCUUUAUCUCUAUGUAUCAUGCAAUUGGGGUUCCAAAAGGUCAUACCUAACACAGAGAGUAGAGUUUCCACGGUAAUGUUGAUGCAAACCAAUGCUUCUAUGAUUGCAACAUUGAUAUGUUUGGUUGGAUUAUUCAUAAGCAGUGAAUACAAAGAUAUAAAAGAAGAUUUUGAGACAUUUAAGAAGGGGAAGCCACUUUACGUUUUGAGUCUCAUCGGAUUAUCACUUGCAUGGCAUGUAAUGUCUUUAGGACUUGUGGGUCUUGUGUGUUUGGCUUCUUCUAUUUUCUCUAAUGUUGUCAACUUCUCCGCCACACCUUUAGCGAACAUUUUUGUUGUUUUGGCGUUUCGGUUUAUGGAUGACGACAUUGAAUGGUUUAAGGGAGGAGCUCUGUUAGCUGGGAUCCUUGGGUUUGCAUCUUAUGUAUAUUCCUUGUACAAGGCUACUACGAAACAGGAAAUAGCAAGCCAAACUGAAUUAGUAAGAGUAUGAUUGAUACUAUGUAUAUUGUGAUGCUAUUAAUUUAGUGUUUGUCCAUUUCACUGAUGUUGAGAUCAAAGUUUGAGUACUAUGUUUGUUAAAGA